ACACAACAUUCGAAAGUAGUUGCGUGGUCGUGGUGCUCAUUCUAAAUAGGUGACAGUGAAGUGAUUACAAAGUGAACGAUGGUGACGUUCGUGGGACAUCUGAAUGCGAGUAGCUAGCGAGAACAAUUGGGGGCUAGACCAUCCCCCACAAACGCUUGAGCAUGAAGCUCGUAGUUAGAUAAUGAAGAAGCAAAACGUACGCACGCUAUCGCUUAUCGUGUGCACAUUUACUUAUCUACUGGUGGGAGCUGCGGUCUUCGAUGCACUCGAGUCAGACACGGAAAAAAGGCGCUGGGAAACUUUGCAAGUAAUCGAAAAAAAGGUGAUAAGAAAGUACAACAUAUCAUCUGACGACUUCAAAAUAAUGGAGACGGUUGUAUUGAAAUCGGAGCCGCAUAAAGCAGGUCCGCAAUGGAAAUUUGCGGGCGCUUUCUACUACGCGACUACGGUUCUAACGACCAUCGGCUACGGUCACUCUACGCCUAGCACGGUCAGCGGCAAGUUGUUCACGAUGUGCUACGCCAGCGUAGGCAUCCCAUUGGGCCUAGUUAUGUUCCAGAGUAUAGGAGAACGGGUCAAUAGGCUUAGCAGUGUGGUGAUCCGCAGCGUGAAGACGUCCCUGCACUGCGGCCAGACGACCGCCUCCGAACUGGACCUGAUCUGCGUGGUGACCACGCUCAGUUCCUUGACGAUAGCAGGCGGCGCGGCCGCUUUCUCCCGAUACGAGGGCUGGAGUUAUUUCGAUUCAGUCUACUAUUGCUUUAUAACGCUUACUACUAUAGGUUUUGGCGAUAUGGUGGCCUUGCAGAAAGAUAACGCUCUUAACAAAAAUCCGCAAUAUGUGAUGUUCGCAUUAAUUUUCAUUCUGUUCGGCCUCGCGAUCGUUGCCGCUUCGCUGAAUCUUCUAGUGUUGCGAUUCGUCACUAUGAACACGGAGGACGAACGCAGGGACGAAGCGCAAGCAAUUCAGGCGCUGCAAGGAGCUGUGCGCCUCGAAGGAGAUGUUAUUACUGCUAACGGAUCAAUAUUGAGCGGAAACUUAGGUCAUCAUCACAUCACAGAAAGCAGUUCCGUGGAUCCAGAUACCUCAGAACACUCUUUGUGCUCUUGCCGAUGCUGUUGUUUUAGAACGCACUGCCAUAGAAGGAGCCGGUUCUCGCUGAAGCGAUCUCCUGGUCAUACGCAACGGUUGCUUCCAGAACAAACUUUGCCAUUACGAGAAUUCUGUUUUGCUGUGGAACAGAGCCAUGCUUCCCCUAGAAUUAUUUAUACGGGAAUUUCGAAUAGACGAGCCCAAUCUGUGUAACGACGCGUCUUCUGGAAGCGCCCUUUCGAUAACUUGAAGUCGCAACAAUUGCCGUUGAUGGAUAGCGUGGAUAUUUCUAAUGCUGGAUGACAAGGAUAAUGCCACCACCUGACGAUGUGGCUAAUUCCAUCAACGGAUGACGUGGUCAUUUCUAUCAAGGAUGGCACACCUCUCAUUCCAUUAACAGAUAGAACAGAGCAGUGUCUGUAUUGGUGCAAGGGUCAAUUUUUUGCGUUCAAAGAUUAUUUUGAGUUCGUCUAAAACUAUUCCAUGUAAAUAUAUAAAGUAAUGAUGAUAAGUAUGCAU